UGUUGGAGAGUAAACAUGGCGUCCUCUGCUGCUACCCGGACUGCCGGAGCUGUGCGGGCGGUGAAGCCGCUCCUAAGCCGCGAUAUGGACGAGGCCAAGCGGCGUGUGAGGGAGCUGUACCGGGCCUGGUACCGGGAAGUACCGAAUACCGUGGCGAUGUAUCAGCUGGACAUCACAGCACGUCAGGGCCGAGACAAAGUGAGAGAGCUGUUCGAUAAGAACAAACACAUCCGCGACCCUCGCGUCAUCGACAUGCUCAUCAUCAAGAGUAAGAUGGAGCUGCAGGAGACCAUUAACGUGUGGAAACAGAAGACACACAUCAUGCGCUACUUCCACGAGACGGAGACACCGCGCCCCACCGACUUCCUGUCCAAGUUUUAUGAUGGACACACCCCCUGACCUCUCUCUGACCUUUCACCUUAUUAUCUUCUCUGAUGCUGAACUGUAAAUACACUGCAUUACUCACA